GGCUGGCGCUGGAGCAGGGCCACGGCCCUGGGCUCGGGCCCCCCGAGGAGCUGAGCCUUCCAGGGGGCCUUCUUCCAGGGGGACCCCCCUUACAGGACAGCGCCAGCAGCCGCCAUGGCGUCGCGCAUCGGGCUGCGCAUGCAGCUCAUGCGGGAGCAGGCGCAGCAGGAGGAGCAGCGGGAGCGCAUGCAGCAGCAGGCCGUCAUGCAUUACAUGCAGCAGCAGCAGCAGCAGCAGCAGCAGCUGGGGGCGCCGCCCACCCAGGCCAUCAGCACCCCCGUCCACUUCCAGUCUCCACCCCCCGUGCCUGGGGAGGUGCUGAAGGUUCAGUCCUACCUGGAGAACCCCACCUCCUACCACCUGCAGCAGUCCCGGGACCAGAAGGUGCGGGAGUACCUGUCCGAGACCUACGGGAACAAGUUUGCUGCCCACAUCAGCCCUGCCCAGGGCUCCCCGAAGCCCCUGCCAGCCGCCUCCCCAGGGGUGCGGGCCGGCCAUGUGGUGUCCUCCUCAGCGGGCAACAGUGCGCCCAACAGCCCCAUGGCCAUGCUGCACAUUGGCUCCAACCCCGAGAGGGAGUUUGACGUCAUCGACAACAUCAUGUGUCUGGACGACGUUCUGGGCUUCAUCAACCCUGAAUCUCAGAUGCCCAACACGCUGCCGCUGUCCAGCAGCCACCUGAACGUGUACAGUGGUGACCCUCAGGUCACAGCCUCCCUGGUGGGUGUCACCAGCAGCUCCUGCCCAGCCGACCUGACCCAGAAGCGUGAGCUUACAGAUGCCGAGAGCCGGGCCCUGGCCAAGGAGCGGCAGAAGAAGGACAAUCACAACCUAAUUGAAAGGAGACGGAGGUUCAACAUUAAUGACCGCAUCAAGGAGUUGGGAAUGCUGAUCCCCAAGGCCAACGACCUGGACGUGCGCUGGAACAAGGGCACCAUCCUCAAGGCCUCUGUGGACUACAUCCGGAGGAUGCAGAAGGACCUGCAGAAGUCCCGCGAGCUUGAGAACCACUCUCGGCGCCUGGAGAUGACCAACAAGCAGCUCUGGCUCCGAAUCCAGGAGCUGGAGAUGCAGGCCCGAGUGCACGGCCUGCCCACCACCUCCCCGUCCGGCAUGAACAUGGCUGAGCUGGCCCAGCAGGUGGUGAAGCAGGAGCUGCCCAGCGAGGAGGGCCCUGGGGAGGCCCUGCUGUUGGGGGCCGAGGUCCCUGAUGCCGAGUCACUGCCCGCUCUGCCCCCCCAUGCCCCAAUGCCCCCGCCAGCCCAGCCACCCCAGCCACCAUCCCCAUUCCACCAUCUGGACUUAAGCCACAGCCUGAGCUUUGGGGGCGGGGGCGAUGAAGGGCCCCCAGGCUACCCUGAAGCUCUGGGGCCGGAGCAUGGUUCCCUGUUCCCCAACUUGUCCAAGAAGGACCUGGACCUCAUGCUCCUGGACAACUCACUGCUGCCAUUAGCCUCCGACCCCCUCUUCUCCACCAUGUCCCCCGAGGCCUCCAAGGCCAGCAGCCGCAGGAGCAGCUUCAGCAUGGAGGAGGGCGAUGUGCUGUGACCCUGGGGGCCGGCAGGCCUGGGGGCUGGGAGGGCCAGGGCCGCCUCCCGCCCCACUGCAGGCUGCACUUGUGUGUGAAGUAGCCACCUGCCCUGCCUCACCUCCCUGUCGGCCCCUUGUUUGGACUUAGUGCCCGCUUGGCAGCCCGUGGGGCAGGGGAAGCCCUCACCCGGCCAGUGCUCCCCAGGGGCCCUCCUGAGGGGCUGGGCAGGAACAGGUCUCCAGCCGGGCUCCUGGGGUGUGUGUGCUGGAGGUAAGAAGAGAGCCGGAGGGUCCUGUCUUCUGAGCCUGCUCUCCCCACCCCCACCAAUGAAGGAGCAGGGGGUUCAGGAAGUUCCUUCUCUGAAGCAGUGACUGGUCCAGGGGGUGCCCAGGCCUGCUUGUCUGCGACUCAGAUGGCAACAAGCCGCCCUCCAGCCUGGCUGUCCCCCUCACACAGGUGGGGUGCCCCCAGCCCCCCUUUGGUGCUAACAGCUCUCCACCAGGUGGUGUGAGGGCAGGGGUGGCCGGCAGAGGGGGCGCUGGGUUCAGGUUGGUGUGGGGUCACUGCUGGAAGAGCAGCUCCCCUCCAGGCUCCCACUUUGUGCCUUUAGUAAACACUGUGCUUUAUACUCCUUUGUCCUGUCUCUUUGAGGGGGUCUGGGGCUGACGGAAAA